GCCACAAGUAUCCAUUUGGGGAAAGCAAGUCGGCGCAUGACCGUACCGGAGCUUGAGCAGCUACCACCAGCACCGUCGACGCCGCCAUGAUAUCCAAGCUGCUAACUCCAGGCAUUCGCCUGGAACGGACCUUUCGAACAGGCACCACGGCCCGCUUGCUGUCCACCAGGGCAUCACGAAUCCUGUCUUCACUCGACAUCUCGACGACGAGCACAGAGGUGCCAGGCGUCUACGACGGGGAAUGGAAGGGCUCCGGAGAGAUCCUCACGUCGGUAUGUCCGACGACGGGCGAGGUGCUAGCACGCGUUAAAUCCGCAUCACCAGAAGACCUUCGUGAGACCCUCGCCAAGGCUCGCGAUGCAUACAAGUCGUUCCGAAAUGUGCCUGCCCCGCGUCGAGGAGAGAUAAUUCGUCAAAUCCGAGAAGCCCUUGCUGCAAAGCGGGUAGAGCUCGGGGCACUAGUGUCCUUGGAGAUGGGAAAGAUCAAAACCGAGGGUGUAGGGGAGGUACAGGAAUUCAUUGACAUUUGCGAUUAUGCAGUGGGUCUUUCCAGGAUGAUGAGCGGUCGUGUGGUUGCAUCAGAGCGUGUAGGCCAUUCUAUCUUAGAAGUACCAAAUCCGUUGGGUGUUAUUGGAAUCUUGACAGCAUUCAAUUUCCCUGUGGCUGUCUAUGGUUGGAAUCUGUCCCUUUCUUUGGCUGCUGGAAACGCUACCAUUUGGAAACCCUCUCAUACUACGCCAUUGUGCGCCAUUGCCGUAACCACAAUUAUAAGCAAGGUUUUGGAGCGCAACGGGAUCAGCGGCGCCGUUGCAGGCUUGGUAACUGGAGGUAAGGAUAUCGGCGAAGGAAUUGUGGCAAACUCCGGGGUGGAUCUUGUGUCUUUCACUGGCAGUGAACGUGUCGGCCGCUCUGUAGGCCAGAAUGUGAGUGCAAGAUUUGGAAAAACCAUACUAGAACUAGGUGGUAACAACGCCUCGAUCGUUAUGGACGAUGCGGAUUUAAAUAUGGCGGUGCCGUCGGUCUUCUUUGGCGUUGUCGGUACGGCAGGACAACGUUGCACGUCUACUCGAAGACUUUAUCUUCAGCGUAAUAUCGCAGACGAGUUUUUACAGCGGCUUUUGAAGGCUUAUGGAUCCGUCAAGCCCGCGGACCCUUUGGUUGACACGACUCUUCUUGGCCCUCUGCAUACGUCCAACGCAGUCAGCGUCUAUGAGAAUACUAUUGAAUACCUUCGCUCCAUCGAUGCUGAAAUUCUCACUGGCGGCAUCCGAUACAGCGAAGCCCCUCUCGACAAGGGCAACUUUGUACAGCCUGCUAUCGCAAUACCUAAAUCAGUGGAUACCAGGGACAAAAUUUGGUGUACCGAAACCUUCGCCCCCAUUCUUAACGUUGCGAUUUUCGAUCAUCUUGAUCAAGCUAUUGAGUGGAAUAAUGCAGUGCCUCAAGGCCUUUCCAGUAGUCUCUGGACCCGUGAUCUCCGGAAUGCGGGGCAAUGGAUUGGUCCAAAUGGAUCAGAUGCGGGUAUUGUAAAUAUAAAUGUCGGGAACUCCGGAGCUGAAAUCUCGGCCGCUUUCGGGGGCAACAAGAGUACCGGAUGGGGUCGUGAGUCCGGUGGCGAUGCCUGGAAACAGUAUGUGCGCUGGAGCGCGUGUACUAUCAAUUUCUCGAAUGAGGCACCACUAGCACAAGGCGUAACUUUUGCUACGUGACGUUUAAGCCGAAGAAGAUCAUUUUGUAGGAUCUAGUUUAAGGUGGGGCGAAAGCCAUUGGAAUGCGGAAGCGAAGCUAUUCUGCGGGCGCUUCCUUCCCCUUGCGUUUGAUCCGAGAGCUCGACAUCAGUACUUUCCACUUGCUUUUUACCCCGUGUCACUAAAGUGCCCCUCUGUUGCAAUGGAAAUUGUAACGUGGUAUGGAUCAUUCUCAA